CAGCUUCAGAUGUGCUUUCACUGACUACAGCUGGCAGAACGAACUGGUCAUAGUAGCAAGACCCGGUUAACGAAAUGACUGUGUGGCAUUAAGUUCCUUAAAUAUCGUUAAUCUUGACACUUCCAUAUUAUUGGCAGAACUGGAUAGGCUACAGUCAAAUACGAGUAGUGAAAGUUUGUAGCUUUUCUCUUUCUGCACAAUGAGUCGGAGCGAACACUCAUUGCAGGCGCUGUCUUGGAGAAAGCUCUACUUGAGUAGAGCCAAACUAAAGGCAUCAAGUAGAACCUCAGCCCUUCUGUCAGGGUUUGCAAUGGUGGCAAUGGUGGAAGUCCAACUUGACAACACCUACGACUACCACCCCGGCCUGCUGAUCGCAUUUAGUGCCUGCACCACCGUCCUGGUGGCCGUUCACCUGUUCGCCCUCAUGGUCAGCACCUGCAUCCUGCCCAACAUCGAGGCCGUGAGCAACGUGCACAACCUCAACUCGGUGAAGGAGUCCCCUCACGAGCGCAUGCACCGCCACAUCGAGCUGGCCUGGGCCUUCUCCACGGUCAUCGGCACGCUGCUCUUCCUGGCCGAGGUGGUCCUGCUCUGCUGGGUCAAGUUCCUGCCGGUGAGGCCGGAGAAGAGCCGGGACAAAGGAACGCCGGGGACGGAGAUCCGCAACGGCACCAUCAGCGCCGGCGUGUGGGCCGCCAUCACCUCCACGUCCAUCAUGGUGCCGUUCGGACUCGUCUUCAUCGUCUUCGCCGUCCACUUCUACCGGUCGCUGGUCAGCCACAAGACCGACCGGCAGUUCGAGGAGCUGGAGGAACUGGAGGAUCUGACGCGGCUGCAGAACGAGCUGGACAACAGAGGGGACGUCUCCGCUCUCCAGUCGCCCGCCUCCCACUACCCCUGAGCAGGAGGCAGAGAGCCGCUGGGAUUGGGAGGAGAGGAUACGGACGAUCCCUAUCAUUCCCUGCUUGCAUGGGCAUACUGUUGCUAGUAGCCUAUAGCUCGUGCACAGCUGUUUCUUUUAGUCUGAGGACAGUAUUAUGGUUUUAGAGAGCUUGUGUCUGACUGUGGAAGGUUUAAAUUCUCUGUGAGGGGAAGUGAUUGGCUGACAAGCACAAGCCUUCAUUUGGGAUCAUUUCUGAAGAUCAGGUAUCAAUGUGAGCUGAUUAUGAUGAUGAUGAGAGUGGCAUCUGAAGUUGGUGGUCCGCUUCAAACCAAAAUAUGUAAACGUAAGGGUAGGCUACAUCAGACAGCCCUGCUACAAUUAAACUGAAGGACCUUAAUUUGAAUGCUGGGCGGAGUGUAACGUCAGUCUAUGAACAGAGUCGUUGUGCAUGCCAUGAAGUAACCUUUAAAAGGGUGGGUUUUGAACAUUCUAACACAAGAUUCCAUUCCGCAACAAUUCAAGGUUCUAAAAUUCUAUGUAGAAUUCAAUGAACCCAGAUAUUCUUUAGAAUGUUAAUUUUCCAAGGGCAUCAUGGGGCGUGAGGCAUUGUUGGCGGACUCACUGAUGUUAGUGCUUAGGAACUUUUUUAAGGUGUCAACUUUGCAAAUUAGAAUUUGCAUCGUUAUUAAGCAAGCUUUAGUUAGACUUCAGACAACUUGCAGUUUGUCCAGCAUUUAAAUCAGGGCCUUAUGGUUUUUCAUGAAGUAUUUAUUUAUAAUGGCAUUUCACUCUGGGCUGGGACAAUCAAACACAUUGUUUAAACAUAAUGGAUGUACAUUUGGCAUAUAAAUCCAUAGUUUCCUAUGCUGUUGUUAACUUAAGGGGGGGGGGGGACAGCUGUUGCUGCUGUUGUUGAACUUGAACUCAUGCAUGUAUGUGCAUGUUUGUAUUUUCUACACUGACUGAAUUAAUUGCACAGUGCAUUUCAAUGAAGGUAAUGAUUUUAUAGUGGAAGAGAUUCUUGUUGUACUGAGCAGGAUUACCAUUGCAACAUCAUCAUCAGAGUAAAACUAACCUGUCUCACGAUGGUCUGAUCCUAGCUUACAUUCCCUAAUAGUGAACAAUUCAGCUUCACACAUAUUGUCUAAAACGCCCUGUGGGAGCAAUGUGUAUUUAUUGCCAAGGAAGCCACACAUGUUCAUGCAUGAAGGAUAUUUUUAAAGGGACACUUCACCGAUUAGCAUUAAGCUUUGUAUCUUUAGAAAACC